GGGUGUGGGGGCCAGGCGCAGGCCGGGAGGUCUUGGGGUGGUUGGCCUCAGAUUUGUCGGAGGCAGAAAGCGCGCUGCAGUCCUGUCGCCGCCAUGUCGUUCUGCAGCUUCUUCGGGGGCGAGGCUUUCCAGAACCACUUUGAGCCGGGCGUCUACGUGUGUGCCAAGUGUGGCUACGAGCUCUUCUCCAGCCGCUCCAAGUAUGCACACUCAUCCCCAUGGCCAGCCUUCACUGAGACCAUCCAUGCUGACAGUGUGGUCAAGCGUCCUGAGCACAAUCGGCCUGAAGCCUUAAAGGUCUCCUGUGGCAGGUGUGGCAACGGCUUGGGCCAUGAAUUCCUGAACGAUGGUCCCAAGAAAGGGCAGUCCCGCUUCUGAAUAUUUAGCAGCUCGCUGAAGUUCAUCCCUAAAGACAAAGAAACUUCUGCGUCCCAGGGGAAGUAGGUGGGCAGCCCUUGUGAUGGGCGUUGCGUGGUGGCCACAGUCCAGCUAUCCCACCUUGGAAUUGGAUCCCCAGAUAUUCAGACAGGGAAGAGAGGUGGCUGAAACAUCAGGAAAGCUCCCAGGACCUUGGCUCUGCAUAGGUUCUGCUUGGGAAAAGCACUGGUUUGCUGCCUAUGGCCCAUAUCCCGCUGCUAGGAUGGGCCUGGACGACCCAGCUAUUGGCUCAUCUUGGCCUCAGGCUCACGGGAGCCUCAGGGAGGUGGGCUGUAGGCCUGGUUCAUCUGUGAAUUGUGGUGUACCCUUAUCCUCACUUCUCCUCUGCCCACUGCUCCUUUCCUGCCUGUCUGGACUUAUCCUUUUGGGGCCCAAUUCUGAGAUAGGUUCUGGCCCUGGCCAAAGCUGGUGCCCAUCUCCCUCAGGCUGUGCUGGGAGACAGAAUGCAAAUUGAGGUGGCCCCAGGCAGCUGCUCCAACCCCAGUCACUACAUGAUUCACUCUGGUUAAACCCUUCCAGGCAGCCAGAGUGUUGAUGAUCCAUGACCCAUGGGGGGAGCGAGGCAAGGGGACCAAUCACUGGUCUCUCAGUUACAAAAGGAGAAAUUCUGAACCCUAUUUCACAAUCUGAUCCAUGACCCAUGGGGGGAACGGGGCGAGGGGACAGACCCCUGUUCUCUCAGUUACGAAAGGAGAAAUUCUGAUUUCACAAUCUGUGCAGCUGCUGCUUGCCUCACGCGGGCUUAGGAAAGCAGCUAUUGCCUCAUUACUUUGCACAAAGCUGGGGGCCUCGGAGCUCACAGCCUGCAAUUCAUACCUUCCCAGGGCACAGUGACUACGCCUUACCACACAUGUGCUGAAAUUCUUGCCAUUCAGGAAUAUGGGUGAUACUGAAACCCUUCCUUCCCAUUUUGAAUCCUCUCCAGAGUUAUCAGGGAGAGAUGAAUAAACAAACGAAACCCA